AUGGGCUUCCUGAACAGUCUCCGCCUCCGCGCGCGCCGAGCCCUUCGCUCACGGGCGCUGCGCAACCUCGUCCUCCUCCUGGCGGCGUACACCCUCCUCGACGCCCUGCGCGUGCAGCGCAUCAUCACGGGCGCGACGCCCCCGCGCGAGGCGAUCGCGAAGCGCCCUAGGAAGACGCAGAAGGUGUACAUUGCGGGGAUGCACUACAAUGACGGGGCGCUGAUCAAGGAGCACUGGAACGCGGCGGUGCUGGGGCUGGUGGACGCGCUGGGGCGGGGGAACGUGUUUGUGAGCGUGUACGAGAGCGGGAGCUGGGACGAGAGUAAAGUGUGGCUGAGGCAGUUGGACGAUGAGCUGUUUAAGAGGGGGGUGAGGAGGAAUGUGGUGCUGGAUGAGAGGACGCAUUUGCAGGAGGUCGAGGAGGGAGAGAAAGAUGACGGGGGAGGAGGGGGGGAGAAGGAGGGGUGGAUUAUGACGCCGAGGGGGAAGAGGGAGAUGAGGAGGAUACCGUUCCUUGCGCGGUUGAGGAAUCUGACGUUGCGGGAUCUGUGGAGGUUGACGGAUGAGGGGGAGGUGUUUGAUACGGUCCUGUUCCUGAACGAUGUCGUCUUCACUGCCGAGGACGUGCUCGCGCUGCUAGACACGAACGGGGGCCUCUACGCCGCGGCGUGCUCGCUCGACUUCUCGGAGCCGCCCUCUUACUACGACACGUUCGCGCUGCGCGACUCGGCGGGGCAGGCGCACCUGAUGCAGACGUGGCCGUACUUCCGGUCCGCGGCGAGCCGGGCGGCGAUGAUGGCGUACGCGGACGCGGUGCCGGUGCGCAGCUGCUGGAACGGCAUCGUGGCGAUGCCGGCGGCGCCGUUCCUCGCAUCCGAGGCUAGUGGGCGCCGCCUCAGGUUCCGUGCCGUGGCGGACUCGCUCGCUGAGGAGAAGCACCUCGAAGGCAGCGAGUGCUGUCUGAUCCACGUGGACAACCCGCUGACGGAGCAUCUGGGCGUGUGGCUGAAUCCGCGGGUCAGGGUCGGGUAUGACGGGGACGCGUACCGGUGGGCGAACCCGACGGAGGGGAGCUGGUGA